UUUCCUGGCGCUGGCGGCCGCGGCCGGCGUCCCGUCCUCCACCACCACCGUCCACCGGCCCUGCUCCCUGCGCGGCUGCGCCCUACUGGCUGCUGCUGCCGGCCGGCACCCGCGGCCCGUGCGACGGGGGCCUCCAAGGCCGCACUCCGCCGCGGCGCCGUCGGCUUAGGGGCCCGUGCCCGCGAGUCCUUCUCCCUCCGUGCCGAAGUGCCGAGCAUAGCUGGUGAGAGCACUGAGCAACUUGUUCCCCUCCAUCCUCUUCCUCCUUGCAGCUCUUGCCCUAUCACGCUGACUGGCCGCGGCGACGGUGGUGUGGCGGAGGAUGGCGUUGAAAUGCGCGGUGAGGAUACCGUCUCCGCGGUGGGCGUCGCGCCGUGGCUUGGUGGGUUCGUGGGUUUCGCUCCGCCCGGCGAAAUGCGGCGCGUCGGGAGGACGGGCUGUUGUGUGCGCUGCCGUUAGCUUCAGACCAUGCAUCGACAUUCACAAGGGGAAAGUUAAACAGAUUGUUGGUUCUACUCUUCGGGAUUCAUCCAAUGAUGGCAUGGAACUUGUGACAAACUUUGAAUCAGACAAAUCUCCUGCAGAAUUUGCAAAAUUAUAUAAAGAAGAUUUACUUCUUGGAGGACAUGUUAUAAUGCUUGGCGCAGAUCCCGCAAGCCAGGCUGCUGCACUGGAGGCACUACAUGCAUAUCCUGGUGGCUUGCAAGUUGGAGGUGGAAUAAAUUUGGAGAAUGCAAUGUCUUACCUUAAUGAAGGGGCCAGUCAUGUGAUAGUGACCUCUUAUGUGUUUAGCGAUGGCAAGAUGAACAUUGAAAGUCUGAGAAAACUUGUCGAGCUGGUUGGGAAACAGAGGCUUGUGCUGGACCUUAGCUGUCGAAAAAAGGAUGGCAGAUAUACCAUUGUAACUGACAGGUGGCAAAAGUUCAGUGAUGUGUUUGUGGAUAAACCGACAUUAGAAUAUCUCGCUGCCUUUGCAGAUGAGUUUUUGGUUCAUGGUGUUGAUGUGGAGGGCAAAAGGUUAGGGAUUGAUGAGGAACUUGUGGAACUAUUGGGGCAUCAUUCACCAAUCCCAGUAACUUAUGCUGGGGGCGUGUCAACAAUGGAUGACCUAGAGAGGAUAAAGAAAGCAGGCAAAAGUCGAGUAGAUGUAACUGUUGGGAGUGCUCUAGAUAUAUUUGGAGGAGAUUUGGCCUACAAAGAUGUUGUCCUUUGGCACAAGAAGCAAAGUAUGGUUGGCCAAGUGUGAAGGAACAUGUGGUAUUGAUCAGUAUUACCAGUUCAUAUGGUUCAACCUUCGACACAAAGUAUACUUUCUAAACAUUCUGUUGCAAAUAAUUCAGUUGGUCUUAAGUGAAUACUUGCAUUCUAGUUUCUAAAUUCUUUGUUUUAGAAAAAAAUGUAGCCAGGGUAGUGCCCAUUAUAUCUAUUUUUCUUAAAUCGUUCGAUUUAUUUAAUGUUGAUGCUAAACUUGUACUCUAUUUUUUACCAUUCAUAUUCUCCUAUUUAGUUCAAAAUUUUGAAUCCAAAAAA